AUGGCCCUAGAGGAGAAGCGGGAGAAGCGCCCGCCCGUCACCCCCAUGAUGAUCGAGGAGGAGGCCGCCCUGCGGAACGGCAGCCGGGGGCUGCCGCCGGGCCCCUGGGCCGAGGCGGCGGGGCCGAGACCCCGCACCACGGAGCGGCACAUCGCCGUGCACAAGCGCCUGGUGCUGGGCUUCGCCGUCUCCAUCCUGGCGCUGCUGGCGGUGACCAUGAUCGCCGUGCUGCUCAGCGUCCGCUUCGAGGAGUGCGGCGCCGCCGCCGACGGCCCGCCGCGGGCCGGCGGCAACGGGAGCCUCUCGGGGACGGCCCGGCAGCCGCCCGGCGCGGGGCAGCCCCCCGGCCGGCCGGAGGAGGAGAAGGAGGAGGCGCGGGGCGGGGAAGCGGCGGUGGCGGCGGAGGAAGAGGAGGAGGAGGAGGAGGAGGAGUGGCAGCGGCGGCGAGAGCUGCCGCCCUGGGCGCGGCCGCGGCUGCCGCGGCACCUGCGGCCGCUGCACUACAACCUGAUGCUGAGCGCCUUCAUGGAGAACUUCACCUUCAGCGGGGAGGUGAACGUGCAGCUGGAGGUGCGCAACGCCAGCCGCUACAUCGUGCUGCACGCCCACCGCAUGCACAUCGAGGCGGUCCGCGUGGCCGAGGACAAGCUGGCCGGCGGCGUGCGGGUGGCCCGCUCCUUCUUCUACCCCCAGACCCAGGUCUUCGUCGUCGUCCUCAACCGCAGCCUGGAGGUGCAGAGAAGUUACAACCUCAAGAUCAUCUACAACGCCCUCAUCGAGAACGAGCUGCUGGGCUUCUUCCGCAGCUCCUACGUCCUCCACGGCGAGAGAAGGUUUCUUGGUGUUACGCAAUUUUCUCCUACUCAUGCCAGAAAAGCCUUUCCUUGCUUUGAUGAGCCCAUCUACAAGGCCACUUUCAAAAUCAGCAUCAGGCAUCAAGCAACUUACCUGUCUUUGUCCAACAUGCCAGUUGAAACUUCUGUUUUUGAAGAAGAUGGAUGGGUUACAGAUCACUUUUCACAGACCCCUCUCAUGUCCACAUAUUACCUAGCUUGGGCAGUGUGCAAUUUUACAUACCGUGAAACUGUCACCAGGAGUGGAGUAGUUGUACGGUUAUAUGCAAGGCCUGAUGCAAUCCGAAGAGGAUCGGGGGACUAUGCUCUAAAUAUUACAAGGAGGCUCAUUGAAUUUUAUGAAGAUUAUUUUAAAGUGCCCUAUUCUCUGCCAAAAUUAGAUCUGUUAGCUGUGCCUAAGCAUCCGUAUGCUGCUAUGGAGAACUGGGGACUGAGCGUUUUUGUGGAGCAAAGGAUACUGCUAGAUCCAAGCAUUUCUUCUAUAUCAUACCUACUGGAUGUCACCAUGGUCAUUGUACAUGAGCUAUGUCAUCAGUGGUUUGGUGACCUUGUGACUCCAGUUUGGUGGGAGGACGUGUGGUUGAAAGAAGGUUUUGCUCACUAUUUUGAAUUUGUUGGGACAGACUACCUCUACCCGGGGUGGAACAUGGAAAAGCAGAGAUUUCUGACAGAUGUCCUGCAUGAAGUGAUGUUGCUGGAUGGUUUGGCCAGUUCACAUCCAGUAUCCCAGGAGGUGCAGCAAGCCACAGACAUUGACAGGGUGUUUGACUGGAUCGCCUAUAAAAAGGGUGCCGCUCUAAUUCGAAUGUUGGCUAACUUUAUGGGUCACUCUGUGUUUCAAAUGGGCUUACAAGACUAUUUAACCAUUCACAAGUAUGGCAAUGCAGCCAGAAAUGAUCUCUGGAACACAUUGUCAAAGGCUUUAAAAAAGGUUGGAAAAUCUGUAAAUAUCCAACAAGUAAUGGAUCAGUGGACACUACAGAUGGGUUAUCCUGUUAUCACUAUCUUGGGAAAUGAAACUACAGACAAUGUCAUAGUGAUCUCCCAAGAGCGUUUUGUUUAUGAUAGUGAUGCUAAACCCAAGGAUCCUGCCCUUGGAGACAACAGCUACUUGUGGCAGAUUCCAUUAACAAUUGCAGUAGGAAAUACGAGCCACAUCUCAUCAGAGGCAAUUAUAUGGGUGUCUAACAAAUCAGAACACCACAGAAUUCCUGCUUUGGAAGAAGCAAGUUGGUUGCUGGGGAACAUCAACCAGACUGGCUACUUUAGAGUUAAUUAUGAUAUUAGGAACUGGAAGCUGCUAAUUAAUCAGCUAACAAGGAACCAUGAGGUUAUCUCUGUCAGUAAUCGAGCAGGCUUGAUCGAUGAUGCAUUCAAUCUAGCCAGAGCUGGUUAUUUGCCUCAGAAUAUUCCUUUGGAGAUUAUCAGAUACCUUUCAGAGGAGAAGGAUUUUCUGCCUUGGCAUGCUGCCAGCCGAUCUCUUUAUCCUCUAGAUAAAUUGCUGGACCGCACAGAAAACUACAACAUCUUCAAUGAGUAUAUCUUAAGACAAGUUGCAUCAAUGUAUCUCAAGCUUGGAUGGCCAACGAAUAAUUUAAACAAAUCGCUUGUUCAAGCAUCAUACCAACAUGAAGAGUUGCGUCGGGAAGUCAUCAUGUUGGCCUGCAGCUUCGGUAACAAACACUGUCACCAGCAAGCUGCAACGUUAAUCUCGGAUUGGAUUUCUAGCAAUAGGAACCGAAUCCCACUCAAUGUGAGAGACAUUGUCUACUGUACAGGAGUUUCACUGAUGGAUGAAGAUGUAUGGGAGUUCAUUUGGAUGAAAUUUCAUUCUACCACAGCAGUGUCUGAGAAGAAAAUAUUAUUAGAAGCCUUAACUUGCAGUGAUGACAGAAACUUACUCAACAGGCUUUUGAAUUUGUCUCUCAACUCAGAAGUUGUCCUGGAUCAGGAUGCAAUUGAUGUGAUAAUCCACGUAGCUCGAAAUCCACAUGGAAGGGAUCUUGCUUGGAAGUUUUUCAGAGAAAAAUGGAAAAUAUUAAAUGCUAGGUACGGAGAAGCAUUAUUUAUGAAUUCGAAGCUUAUCAGUGGGGUCACAGAAUUCCUCAAUACCGAGGAAGAACUAAGAGAGCUAAAGAACUUUAUAAAGAGUUAUGAAGAGGGAGCUGCUGCCUCUUUCUCUCGCGCCGUGGAAACAGUAGAAGCUAAUGUGCGGUGGCAAAGGCUUUAUAAGGAAGAACUAUUCCAGUGGCUAAGAAAAUCCUUGACACACUAAUCUGUCUUUCCAGC